CGGCCAAAGUUCUCAUGGCACCUCCUUCCAUGGUCAACAAUGAACAACGCCAGCAUGCAGAGCACAUAUUCUUAUCAUUUAGGAAAUCGAAGUCACCAUUUGCAGUUUGCAAGCAUAUUUUGGUUCCUCAUGCUUUGGAAGUAACAGUUGAAGAGAGGUGAGGAAAGUUUGUGAAAAUUGUGAUCGGGGAUUAGCUGCCACCUGCCAGAGGUGUCUUCUGAGAGGAACUAACCUCUUUGUGGUGCUAGAGCAAGGUCACUGGAUUAAAAAAAACAACAGAAACAAGCAAGGUGGACUAUGUCCUCUUUCAAGCUGCCACGGCUAUCAUGGAGGCAGUGGUCCGAGAGUGGAUUCUCUUGGAAAAGGGCAGCAUUGAGUCACUGCGAGCAUUCCUUUUAACUUACGUCUUACAGAGGCCCAACCUCCAAAAGUAUGUUCGGGAACAGAUUCUCUUAGCAGUAGCAGUAAUUGUAAAACGAGGCUCACUAGAUAAGUCAAUUGACUGCAAGAGCAUUUUUCAUGAAGUCAGCCAGUUGAUCAGUAGUGGCAAUCCCACUGUGCAAACUCUGGCCUGUUCUAUUCUGACUGCACUAUUGAGUGAAUUCUCAAGUUCAAGUAAAACCAGCAACAUCGGACUGAGCAUGGAAUUCCAUGGCAACUGCAAAAGAGUUUUCCAGGAAGAAGACCUUCGUCAGAUCUUCGUGUUAACCGUGGAAGUUUUGCAGGAGUUCAGCAGGCGGGAAAACCUCAGUGCUCAGAUGUCCUCAGUGUUUCAGCGCUACCUCUCACUCGCCAAUCAGGUCUUGAGCUGGAACUUUCUUCCUCCAAAUUUGGGCAGACAUUAUAUAGCCAUGUUUGAAUCCUCACAAAAUGUGCUGUUAAAGCCAACGGAGUCCUGGCGGGAGGCCCUUCUGGACAGCAGAGUCAUGGAGCUUUUCUUUACAGUACAUCGAAAAAUCAGAGAAGAUUCGGAUAUGGCACAAGAUUCUCUGCAGUGCCUCGCCCAGUUAGCUUCUUUGCACGGACCUGUCUUCCCCGAUGAAGGAGCACAGGUUGACUACCUAGCACACUUCAUUGAGGGUUUACUGAGUACUAUCAAUGGUAACAUUUGUUACCUGAUUUGUAGAAUUGAAAUAGAAGAUUCUGAAGCUGUGGGGAUCUCCAGCAUUAUCAGCAACCUGAUAACUGUGUUCCCUCGAAACGUCUUAACUGCCAUUCCAAGUGAGCUUUUCUCGUCCUUUGUGAACUGCCUCACACACCUCACUUGUUCUUUUGGGCGUAGUGCUGCUUUGGAAGAAGUGCUUGAUAAAGAUGACAUGGUCUACAUGGAAGCAUAUGACAAGUUGCUGGAGUCCUGGCUGACUUUGGUCCAAGAUGACAAACAUUUCCAUAAAGGCUUUUUUACCCAGCAUGCAGUUCAAGUCUUCAAUUCCUAUAUUCAGUGCCACCUGGCCGCUCCAGAUGGCACAAGGAAUUUGACUGCCAAUGGUGUGACCUCUCGUGAGGAAGAGGAAAUAAGUGAACUUCAAGAAGAUGACCGAGACCAGUUUUCAGAUCAACUAGCCAGUGUAGGAAUGCUAGGAAGAGUUGCCGCAGAGCACUGUAUACCUCUUCUGACAAGGUACACACAGGCCAGAGAACCCAUGGAGAAAAUACUCUGUACUUACACUUCCUUGAAGAGCACUUUAUACACCCCUACCCGAUUUACACACUGGAGCAAAUGGACAGAAACACACUCAUGGUUGCAGUCCUUGGCUUUUACAUUGGAGCCCAGUUUAUUAGAAGAAAGAGUAACAAGACUCCACGGUCAGUUACAGCGACAUCAGCAGCAGUUACUUGCUUCACCUGGUUCAAGCACCAUUGACAGCAAAAUACUUGAUGAGCUAUAUGAAGAUAUUCACUGGCUUAUUUUAGUUACAGGCUACCUCUUAGCUGAUGAUACUCAGGGAGAGACUCCGCUAAUACCUCCAGAAAUAAUGGAAUAUUCCAUUAAGCAUUCAUCUGAAGUUGACAUUAAUACAACACUUCAAAUUUUGGGAUCUCCAGGAGAAAAGGCUUCUUCCAUCCCAGGGUACAACAGAACAGAUUCUGUGAUUAGGCUGUUAUCUGCUGUUCUCAGAGUUUCGGAAGUUGAGUCUCGAGCAAUAAGAGCAGAUCUCACUGAUCUGCUAAGCCCUCAAAUGGGCAAAGAUAUUGUUUGGUUUCUAAAACGCUGGGCAAAGACUUAUCUCCUGGUGGAUGAGAAGCUAUAUGAUCAGAUAAGUCUACCAUUCAGUACAGCAUUUGGAGCAGAUACUGAGGGUUCUCAGUGGAUUAUUGGCUACCUCUUACAGAAAGUCAUCAGCAACCUCUCAGUGUGGAGUAGUGAGCAGGACCUUGCAAGUGACACUGUGCAGCUCCUUGUCACUUUGGUGGAAAGAAGAGAAAGGGCAAACCUAGUAAUCCAGUGUGAAAACUGGUGGAAUUUAGCUAAACAGUUUGCGACCCGAAGCCCUCCUCUGAAUUUUCUGUCCAGUCCGGUGCAGAGGACGCUGAUGAAGGCCCUUGUCCUGGGAGGUUUUGCACAGAUGGACACAGAAACCAAACAACAGUAUUGGACUGAGGUUCUUCAGCCAUUGCAGCAGCGAUUCUUAAGGGUGAUAAAUCAGGAAAACUUUCAGCAGAUGUGCCAGCAAGAGGAGGUCAAGCAGGAAAUCACUGCCACGCUAGAGGCCCUAUGUGGCAUUGCCGAGGCUACCCAGAUUGACAACGUCGCGAUCCUUUUUAAUUUCUUAAUGGACUUCCUUACCAAUUGCAUUGGAUUGAUGGAAGUUUACAAAAAUACCCCCGAGACUGUCAAUCUCAUAAUAGAAGUUUUUGUUGAAGUUGCACAUAAACAGAUAUGUUAUCUUGGAGAGUCCAAAGCGAUGAACUUAUAUGAAGCCUGCCUCACUUUGUUGCAAGUAUAUUCUAAGAAUAAUUUGGGACGGCAAAGAGUGGAUGUCACAGCGGAGGAGGAACAAUAUCAGGACCUACUUCUUAUUAUGGAACUUCUUACAAACCUUCUGUCAAAAGAGUUCAUAGACUUCAGUGAUACAGAUGAAGUGUUUAGGGGACAUGAGCCGGGGCAAGCAGCAAGCAGGUCUGUGUCAGCAGCGGAUGUUGUUUUAUAUGGAGUCAACCUAAUUCUGCCCUUGAUGUCACAAGAUCUUUUGAAGUUUCCAACACUUUGUAAUCAAUACUACAAAUUAAUUACAUUUAUUUGUGAGAUUUUUCCUGAAAAAAUACCACAGCUUCCUGAAGACCUUUUUAAAAGUCUGAUGUGCUCUCUAGAACUGGGAAUGACUUCAAUGAGCUCGGAGGUUUGCCAGCUGUGCCUGGAGGCCCUGACACCAUUGGCUGAACAGUGUGCAAAAGCUCAAGAUACAGACUCACCACUGUUUCUAGCAACACGGCACUUUCUGAAGCUGGUUUUUGAUAUGCUGGUUCUGCAGAAGCACAACACUGAGAUGACGACAGCAGCCGGUGAGGCGUUCUACACGUUGGUGUGCCUGCACCAGGCCGAGUACUCUGAAUUGGUUGAAACAUUGCUGUCAAGUCAACAAGACCCGGUUAUUUACCAGAGAUUAGCAGAUGCCUUCAACAAGCUCACUGCAAGCAGCACCCCUCCUACACUGGAUCGGAAACAAAAGAUGGCUUUUCUAAAGAGUUUGGAAGAAUUCAUGGCAAAUGUUGGUGGUCUCCUUUGUGUAAAAUAAAGAACAAAACUCUAUGCUUAAUUUAGAUCCUUUCUGCAAAGUGCACUGAAUUGCUAAAAGUUGACUUGAGUCUCGUCCUGUCCUUCAGUUUCUUGGCCAUUGGGGUUUUGGAGAGCUUGACAUGUAACGAAUGCAGUUGAGACAGGAGAGCUCAGCCUCAAAUCAGCGUCUACUAUUAGGUGUUACCACAGUCGGUCAUAAGUAUUCUGUAGGUUUUGAAUGGUGAUUUAACAUUUUCAAAAAGAAAUAUAUAUGUGCAAACAGAUAAGGGCACCAUGAAAUCAUGUUCAGUGCCUUUUCCCUCUUUGUCAAACGUUAGGUGACUAGCCAAAGUUUAAAAUUUUUGUUGUGAAAUAUUAGGUGGCUAUGUUUGGUGAUGUUUCUCCAACGUUGUCCAUGGUCCAUCUGCAGCGCUGAGGAACUGGACCCAACUGAAGGCCAUCAUUGUCAGAAUUUCUGUUUGUGGGCUCUGGGUUUUUUCAUUUUAAUAAACUCCUCCCCUCUGUCACCCCAAAAGUUUUGGAUCAGUGCGAAAAUUCUGAAUAGGUUUUGUCCUGUGGUGCUUUUUUCCCUGUGAUUCAGUUUGAGUCUGGCAGGAGGGGAAGGCACUGCCAGUGCUCACUGGCCUGUAACGGGCUGGUGAGCAGGUUUUGUGGAGUACAGGCCUCUAGUCACACUCUGACACCUGAACUUAAGGAGGAAAAUGCAUGUAUAUUUUUGUUCCAUAAAAUGAACUUUAGGAACUGUAGCCAUUCCAUUGCCUUAAUUUUAAGGAAAAAAGGACAAAAAAAACCCCAACAGACUUGUUUUAGUAAGAAAUGCAGUUUUGAUGCUUCAGAGUUGGUUAGGAUGUUAGCUACUCUGAACUUGGUGCCCUUUUGGUGGUGUAUUCAUGUGGGUUUGUGAGUGAAACAAAGGCUCAUCCAUAUGUAGUCUAACUCUUCGAGUAUAUUUUUGUCCAGCUUUAUAUCCAAUGCUACAGUAUUCGGAGGAUGGGAGUGACUGAUUCCUGCAGAUUUUAGACAUUGGGGCAUUAGGAGAAAUAAUUACGCUGGAAUGGGUAUUUUCUCAUUUCAUAGGAGUCUUGUAAAUUUAAGAGAAAAUUUUGUAUUGCUGCCAUACUUCCCUUAAAUUAUGGAAACCACAGGCAUAUGAAACUGCCCACUGCCUUGUCCUUGUCACAGGGCACAGUGACAUUGCUUCAAAGGGUGGGUGUCCUGCUAUGCUCUUGACACCUCUAUGCUAAACUGUCCAUGGAAUGUGGUGGGAUUGCAUUGAGCACAUGCACCUUCACAGUGAUUAUUGUGAAACUGUUUAGCUGCUAUUAACAGUUACAGUUACCAAAACAGGAGCAUCUAAGUUAUAUCCAGCUUGGCAUGCUACCUGAGGCAUGUACCAAUACAGAGCCUUGAGCCAGAACUUCAAAGACCAUUUAUCUUAGUUGUCACCAUCUAAUAACAGCAGAGGGGAAGCAAAGCAUCUUAAAAAUAGCUAGGAAAAAAUUAUGUCACUGUUUAUAAAAUAUGCAUAUUGUAUUUUUUAAAAUACUUUGAACCGUGUGUUCAUUUUUAGAUUUCUUCUUUAUUUCCCCUUAAUGAACAUGAAGUCAUCUGCACCAGGAACCACUGUUUUGCAUUGUUCUUGAUGUGUGGUCUCCCAGCUCCGCACACCUGCUCAGUGGUUGUAAGCCUUGCCUGUCUGUGUGUGAUGAGUGUAGUCCCUUUGCCAGAGGGUACUGGGACAGGCAACUGACUAGAUAGGUCCACUGGCUUUGACAAAACUAUAAUCAAGUUUUUAAAAAUAAAGAUGAAAAAAAAUAAAGGUGAGUAGAAAAGGGAUGCCUUGGGAAAUAAAAAGGCAUCUGUAUUUAAUAACUAUUAUCUAGAUGGAAAUGUAUGUGCUUAAUUAUCCUAGAUGCUGUCAAUAAUAUUGCAGUGUAAUUAGACGACUUUUAAGGAAAACAAUAUGUACUUGGGAUUGGACCAAAUAAGCCUUAAGAUAUCACCAGAAUGUGAUUAGUGGCAAACAGGAAAAAAGAGACAACACCAUUUUUUAGGUAAUGGGGGUGCCACUUAACUGCAAUAGCUGGACACUUUUCUGGUGUUUGUGUAUGUGUUUUUCUGAUUGGUAUUUGCUUAAUUUGGGUUGUUAUCUUUUUUUUAAACUUUAUUUUUAUUGUCACUAUUACAGAUGUCCCCAUUCAACCCCCUCCUUUGCACACCUCUACCCAGCCCCUGUGCCCCCUUUCCUCUGAUUAUCACACCGUUGUCUAUGUUAAUGGGUUAUACAUAUAUGUUUUUUGGCUAAUCCCUUUACCUUCUUUCAUCCAGCCCUCCCAUUUUCCCUCCCCUCUGAGAGCUGUCAGUCUAUUCCAUAUAUCUAUGUCUCUGGUUCUAUUUUGUUUAUCAGUUUAUUUUGUUCAUUGGGUUCCACAUAUAAGUGAGAUCAUAUGGUACUUGUCUUUCUCUGACCAGCAUAUUUCACUUAGCAUAUUAACCUCCAGAUCCAUCCAUGUUGUCUCAAAAGGUUACAUUUUCUUCUUUUUUAAGCCUUCUUUAUGGCUACGUAGUAUUCUAUUGUGUAAAUGUACCAGUUCUUUUUCAGAUGUUUAUAUAUACAUAUUUUAGUUUGAGUAUUCUUUCUAUUUUGUCCAGUUUUGUCUGUAGCUAUGCUUAUUGACUUUUCAUUUUUGGAGGUUUUGUUUUAAUGCUCUUUGCCCUGUGGGGGACAAGAACACUGACUUAAUUUUAGUAAAUUAAUUUUUAUUAUUAAAACUGUUGUCCAAUAUGAACAUUAUUUGUGCUCCCUUUUUUAUAUAUGUUAAAGGGACAUUGUCAAAUAUUUAUUUAGAAUUUUGUCUUAUAUGAAAUUUCUGGUCAUAUAUAGUAACCUUUAAUGUCUAGUUUUCAGUUCAUUCUUUAUUUGAUUUUAUUUUCCUGGGCCAAUUUGUUUCCCAGGGCACAAUCUCUAUGGACUUCUACUUUCACAAUUGGUAUUCGUGUAACAGCACUUGUCACUAUACUCUUGUAGCCCCGUCGCAAGGAUUGCUUGCUUGCUUGUUUGUUUGUUUUAUGGUUUUUCUGGAACAGUACUUCAGUGUCCUCUUCACAGUUAUUUGGGUCUUUAUUACUUGCUGUCUCUCAAUCUGUUGGAAGACAAUGGCAUGUUAACAACACUGCACUGAGUUUUGUCUGGUAGAAAGUGUGACAUUUUAUGUAAAAAAAACAACAACACCUUUUCAAUCUUUUUCAAACUAAUUUUAAGAACUUAGUCUUACUUCGUUGUAAGCCAUUAUUACAUUAUUCUGUUAAAAUGAGAUGGUUACUACUCUUUCACAAUUUUCAUUUCAAAACUGAGCAUCUCUCUAUGAUACCUUCCCCUAGUAACACUCCUUACUAUCCUUUUUUGUUGCUGUUAAUCUUCACCGAAGAAUAUUUUUUUCAUUGCUUUUUUUGAAAGUGGAAGAGUGGGAGCCAGGGGAGAGAAACAUCGAUGUGAGAGACACACACUGAUUGGUUGCCUCCCACAUGUGCUCCUACCGUGGUGGGGAUUGAACCUGCAGCCCAGGCACAUGCCCUUGACCCUGAAUCCAACUGAGACCCUUCGGUGUUCAGGCUGAUGCUUUGACCACCGAGCCACACCAGACAGGGCUCUCCUUACUAUCUUUGAUUGACCUUUCUCUUUUACAAAAAAAUAACCAGUCUAUAUUUGUAAUGUUACAUUUCCCAUUUCUGUUAAUACUUGUAUGAACCCCUCAAGUAUUGAAGGGAACUAGCUGUUGAUUUCAAGUCUGAGUAUCCUAGUAGACCAUGUCAAUUGAACCCUUAAAAUACUAUUUUUUCUAUUACAGUUUUACUUGUUUCUGUUUGCCACCUCUGUCUUUAGAGGUGGUUGUCAUUAGACCUUACUAAGUUAGCUGUCUCUGAUGGAUAGUUGUCGUUAUUGGUUCCUGAAUGAAAUAUUAACUAUUUAGGCAGCAGGAACCUCAAUACUUCUUAGGGUUUUUUUCUUAACUAGAGAAUAAAGAAUUGAUUUGGAUAUGAGUUUUUAAUAUAACUUCCUAUAAAUUCUUCUAAAAAACAACAGAGCUGAUUUGAGGAUAUAAUGUUUUAAAUUAUUCUAAAAUAUAAGUGGAUAUCCUCUGACUUGGUAAUAACUAUGUUCUGAAAACACUGACUUUCUAAAAUAAAAAAGUCUAAAUUAGGUUUAUUUUCUGAGCUCAAAUUGAUAUGAAGUGCUGUGAUUCAAGUUGAACUUUAAACAGUUUAAUUUACAUGUAGUUCUGGUCGAUUAUAAUAGAGACUCAUGACAUAUUUAGCCAAAGCAUAUAUUUGGUUCAGGUAAAGACACAAAGUUAAUAAUGAGCAUCCAUUCUGCUCUAGAGGACUGGUGGAGCGAUCUGUUUCUGACCUUUAGCUCCCUAUCUAAGUCUGAAGACUGAGCUAUAUGCACACGUGUUUGUCCGCCUCACCUCCUGGGGUUUGCUCUUCACCUAUUCCUAGGCCUUCCUAGCAGUGGAGAGGUUUUCUCCUUUUCAGUACGCUUGGGUCUCAGCUGUUAGGAGCUGUCAGGUAUGUACUAUUAGCUAACUUUAUUAGCCUGAAAUUAAAUACUGCACCUGUACUAUGUAUCUAACAUGGACCUGACCUCAAGAGUGUUCUGAGCCUAGGCUUCAUGGUGUGUCAUCUACCACAUAAAAUUAUGACAGAUUGCAAAUAUUGGUGUUGCGAUUCAGCUCUCUGAACAAAGGGUCUCCAUGCAGUGAGUGUGUGGUUUAAUCGUCACAAAGUGUUAGCAUUGCUACCAUUCAGCAUGUGUAAAAUUUUUUAAAUUUAUAAAUAUUAAACAUUUAAACUUAUGCUAAGACUUUUCAGUUUUUUUUGAGAGACCCAGGGACAAGUAUAUGGCUUAAAUAUUUACUUCUAUUAACAUUACUAAUGAAGGUAUAAGGUAUAAAGUUGCAUUUCAUUUUUUCAAAAGAUGCUAUAAUACGAUUUUAGGAAAUAAAUCAGGGCUAUGUAUUGAGCCAGUUAAAGGCUGAAUAUCAAAUUGAUAAAAUUUUAUUUGUAUUUUUAAAUCUAUAAAUGGGAGUUAUUAUGUGUCUUUUAACUAAAUAUUUUUAUUACAUUGUUGUUUUGACUGUGUGUGAUUUGUUCGUGGGUAUUUAGACUUUUAUGAAACUGAUUGAAAUGGUGCUUUCAUUUACCAUCAUAGAAUGACUGACACCAGGGACAUUAUACAGUCAUAAUUUAAAAUAAAAAAUGAUACAUCUGUAUAGAUAAGAUUUGCAUUACCUUCUGUGAGAACACCCAGUCCUGAUAGAAUAUUCGGAAAGAAAACGUUUUGUUUACAUUCUUUAAUAUUCAAUGUAUUUAUUUUUAUUUCAGUUUAGUCUUAGAAACAAUGUCAGAGUUAUCAAUUAAGUCAUUGGAGUUGGGGCGUAUUUGCAGUAAAUAUUUUUAGUGGUUUGGAUCAUUCUUUUUAUGGCCUUUCAGGGAAAGUGGAAAAUUGCCAUUCUGCAGUGUCAGACAGACUUUCACUCUGCCUAAUCUUAAAUCUUGUAAAUAUAUGCACUGAGAAGUUAAUUU